CCAGGUAGGGCUCCCCGCCCCCGCGCGCGCCCCCGCCCCGCCCUGAGCCCCAGCCCCAGGCUCGGGCCGCGCGCCCCCAGUCCCGCGUGGUCGCCACCCGCCGCCCAGUCCGGCUCCGGGGCGCAGGGCUGGGUGUGUCUGGCAGCCGGGCGGGACUCGCUCUGCCCCUCUCCCCCAGGUGGCCCUGAGCGCGCCAGGCUGGGGCGGCUGCUGAGCGCCCCGCGGGGGCCAUGGACGAAGACCCGGCAGAGGAACCGGGGGUCCCCGCGGCCCCGCCAGGUGCACCCUGCGGACUUGGCCCUGAGGGCGCCACAGCCCUCGGGGGGCGGAGGGAGCCCAAGAAGUAUGCGGUGACCGAUGACUACCAGUUGUCCAAGCAGGUGCUGGGUCUGGGUGUGAACGGCAAGGUGCUGGAGUGCUUUCACCGGCGCACGGGGCAGAAGUGUGCCCUAAAGCUCCUGUACGACAGCCCGAAGGCGCGACAGGAGGUGGAACACCACUGGCAGGCCUCAGGGGGCCCCCACAUUGUGCGCAUCCUCGAUGUAUAUGAGAACAUGCAUCACAGCAAGCGGUGUCUCCUCAUCAUCAUGGAAUGCAUGGAAGGCGGUGAGUUGUUUAGCAGGAUUCAGGAACGCGGUGACCAGGCUUUCACUGAAAGAGAAGCUGCAGAAAUCAUGCGGGAUAUUGGCACCGCCAUCCAGUUUCUGCACAGCCAGAACAUCGCCCACAGAGAUGUCAAGCCUGAAAACCUGCUGUACACAUCAAAGGAGAGAGAUGCUGUGCUCAAGCUCACAGAUUUCGGCUUUGCCAAGGAAACCACCCAGAAUGCCCUACAGACACCUUGCUAUACUCCCUAUUACGUGGCCCCGGAGGUCCUGGGUCCAGAGAAGUAUGACAAGUCAUGUGACAUGUGGUCCCUGGGCGUGAUCAUGUACAUCCUCUUGUGUGGCUUCCCACCCUUCUACUCCAACACGGGCCAGGCCAUCUCCCCAGGAAUGAAGAGGAGGAUCCGCCAGGGCCAGUACGGGUUUCCCAAUCCUGAGUGGUCAGAGGUCUCUGAGGACGCCAAGCAGUUGAUCCGUCUCCUGCUGAAGACAGACCCCACAGAGAGGUUGACCAUUGCACAGUUCAUGAACCACCCCUGGAUCAAUCAAUCAAUGGUGGUGCCGCAGACCCCACUCCAUACAGCCCGAGUGCUGCAGGAGGAUAGAGACCACUGGGAUGAAGUGAAGGAAGAGAUGACCAGUGCCCUGGCAACCAUGAGGGUGGACUACGACCAAGUGACGAUCAAGGACUUGAAGACCUCCAACAACCGACUCCUCAACAAACGGAGAAAGAAGCAGGCAGGCAGCUCCUUGGCUUCACAGGGCUGCAACAACCAGUAGCUCACAGCAUUCUGGCAGAGCCUGGCCUCCCAGCCUGGAGAGCAGACUAGCGUGCACUGAGGCCCCGAGCCAUAGGGCCCAGGGGCCUUGUGUUUUCUAUUUUAUUUUUUAACAAAUGGAUUAUAAUUUUUGUGUGUUUAAUUUGUAACUUAGAACUUCAGGAUGGGAGAGCCUAGCUCCAAACCUUCAGGUCCCCAGCCAGGAGGGGGCAGAUCUUGAAGGGCAGGGCAGCUGCCACUGGGAAUUAUGACUGGGCUUCCCUCCUGCCACAGAGAAACACCCCCCCCACACACACACACACACACACACACAUAUCCUGCACCCAGGGUUGGCAGAGGGGCCUAGCCUUGGGGAAAGACAUCUGGCUGUUGGUUGCCAUGGUGAUUAGGGAAGGUGUUUCUAUCUAUGGAGUGCUCAGUGAAUGAGUUAGGGAGGGAGAGGGGAAACUGAGGGCCUGCCUCUGCAUUCUUAGGGAGUCUGGUCUUCCUCACACAUCUUGCCUUUCUCAGCCCUCUUUGGUCUUCUGGACGUCUCAGGGGAGAGUCUGUUUGCUUUCCUGGGUGUAUCCCAGCCCUAGUCUCGCUAGAUCCCUGUUUCAUGGGACUCCCUCCAAGAAUCCCUGGACCCUGUUGCCCUGGUAGAUGUAAAGGUACAAUCACCCCUCCUCCAAGGAGUGGCCUCAUACCUUAAUUGGUGGUAUUUUUUUAAAACACUUUUCUGUUUUGGAAAAUGUCACUGUGACAAAAGCUUGUACAGUCCCUCUUACCCCACUGGCUCUUCAGACCUCAUGUAGGAAACCCUCUCUCCCUAAGGGUUCAUUCUCCAUCCUAUUGGGUGAUAACAAGGGAUGUUUCUUGGUGUAUUUUUGUGUAGGUAGAUGUCUGGGGGCAGGGGAAGGGCUUCCCAAUAAUCUGGGGUCUCUUUCUAUACUCCAGGUCAGACCGGAGAUGGUAGAGGGCUACUGAAUGAUGCUUAGAAGGUCUGGUCCUUGCUUCUGCCUGAGCUGGAACACAGAGGGUCCCUUUCUCCCUCUAAUACCCAGAAUAACCUUUGGGUGCUGAGUGCCUGGUUUGGGCCUGAUAAGUGCCUGACACCCAGUUUGGCUCCUGACUCCUCUUUCACUGACUGGGAAAUCCUCCAUCAUGUUAGAUAGGACAUUGCUGGCUUUUGCCUUCAGAUUUUAAUAAACACCAUUUGGGCAUUUC